AUGCCAAACACACUAGAUGUCUCACUCAACCAAACCCUCUAUUUUGUUAGGGACUUUGAUCCCAUCCAGAUCUCUGGUACCAACCUUGGAUAUGGAUUGGAUACCUCUGACAAUCUAACAAUGAUCAUUCCCAACACUCUAUUCGAAUUCACUCCAUCUAAUCAGUCUGGAACUACAACUAUAUCAUUCUCAAAGUCCAAGGGUUACAACAAACAGAUCACAUGGAUGACUGAUGCCACAUUCUUUGAUGACUAUUACUCAUAUGGAGAGUUUGUAUUUGGUAUAGGAAUAUUAACAUUGUCUGGUGAUUUUAAUCUGCCAGAGUCAUAUUACAAUGUAACAUUUGGUGCCAACUCCCCUUGUGUUGAUAUCGUCAUCACUUCAUCCUACCUCGAAUGCAAGGUACUCAAUCAUACAGCAACAUGGUCCAGUCCAGCCCUUGUAACAGUAAACAGUCCACUAAAGUCCCUCCUUGGUGUGAUCAACCUUUAUGUUACAUCAAGUGUUGAUUCUUCACCAGACUUGACUACAAAUGGUGGCGAUAUCAAUCUGUUUGGAAACUAUGGUGUGCCAAAACCUGGAGUGAAGGUGUCCAUCAACCAAAGUCCAUGUACAGUCAAAGGCUACAACGGAACAUGGAUUCUUUGCAAUGUCAAUGGCAAGCUUGAUCCAGGUCCCUGCAGGAUCAAUGUAACAAUCAAUGGAUUCAAAUAUUCCACCAACAAGUUGCGUGUUGUCAACGCAACAGACCCUCCCAACUUGUGUGGAUCACUACCAUAUUGCUCUGGAAAUGGAUCAUGUAUUAAUGGAGCAUGUGAGUGCUUCACUGGAUAUGCUGGCGACUUGUGUAAUGACUUGCUUCAAUCGAAUAUUACGAUCCAGCCUAAUCCAACAUCACCAGGUUCAACGAUAUUGUCCAACUCAUCGAGCUUCAACUUCAACAUUGCCAGCAUUCAAGAAUUGGAUGCAUCGCGUACCGUGAUCAACGAGCUCGUCACGUCUGGUUGGCAGUUCAACACUUCGAUCAAUGGCUCGCUUACAACAUAUCGCUACGAGCUCAAUGUCAACAUCACGACGGCCAACGCAUCGCGCAAUGACUCGCUGCUGGUGGUCGUGCUGCUUGAGUCGUCGACAGAAGAGCGAACAGUGCCCUUUGCUGGCCAGACGUACAAGUACCCACCCAACUCGUUAAAGAUGACGAUCGAGGUGCUGGGCUGGGCGUACGCGUCAACGCUCAACACGCUGCGCGUCGUGAUGAUGACCGACUCGAGUGGCGUGCAGAUCGAUCACUGCGGCCAGACGCAGCAGGCCGGCUACAUCACGGACAACGAUUCGGACUUUAGGUACCUCAAGGUAGUCAAGGACGGCGUGGUGUUCUUUGGCCGCUUCCUGCCGUUCGCCAUGGCCGACGGACGUCCAAGCAGCUCUCUCAACGAGGUGAUCAACGUCACGUCCACACUGUCAUUCAUUGGACUCAACCUGCCGCAAUGUCGUCGCUGCAUCAUUGAUCCAGACUUCUCGGUGUUGAUCGACUCGCAAAAGGGAGGAUCAUGUGGUGUCCAAACUGAAAAGGUGUGGCUAAUUGCCACCAUCGCGUCCAUUGGUGGCGCGGUCCUCAUUGCAGCCGUCGUCAUCAUCGUACUCCUUGUCAAGCGCAACAAGAAGAACAAAGAAAUGAAGGUGGCAAUGUCCAGCAAACUUCAAGAAAUGAACUGA